AUGCGACGGAAGCUGCCGCGAAUGGGACGGGAUGGCCCGUACGAGGCAGGCGAAGCGGUGUUUAUCGAAGCGCAACGCCACGGCUCCGAAUUUUUCGGCGGCUCUGACAACGGCGACGGCUACUCGCUCGUGGUGAAGCCCUUAGGUCGCGUGGGCAGCUCCAACUUGGUGCGGCUGGAUGACGUCGAGAUCCGGGACGGGCGGACGGGCAUGGCGGUGGCGGACGCGCGCGAGGCCAUCCGCACCGCGGGCAUUCCUUCGAUCGAGGAGUGGCGGGAGAAAAUGGCCGGGGUGAUGAACUCGAUGAUCACGCUGGGCGAAUCGCCGCCGGAGCUGCGCCAGUUGAAGUUGUUCUAG